UUUAUUUAUACCAUACUUGUUUGACAUGGGUUAAAAUUCGGUCCUGUAUCUGGUUAAAUUUAUAAAAUGACAGCUAUCAUUCAAGUUCAAGGCUGUCAUUGUCUUACAUAGCUGUCAUCUAUGGCUGUCACUUGUCAAUUACUAUCCAUUCGUUUUCUAAAGUCGUCAGUCCAACUCUUACGUGUUUUUCUGUUAUUUGCAAUAGGUGGUUUCAUUGCGAUACACAAUGAAAUCGAAAUUAUUUAGAGUGACUUAUUCCGAAAGUUUAUCAGCAAGAUUAGUUUUCAAUCGGGAAGGUAAUUAUGUGGUUCCUAACUAAAUCAUCGCAGGCCGAAACCAUGAAGUGUGAAUCUGAGAAGCAGUUUCCUCUGAGAAUGAUCUUGGGUAGAUGUAAAACGGUGUUCAUUCUGUCGAGCCUGGUAUGUACGAUUGCUGUUGUGAUUUCCUUGCACAAGCUAUUAAGCCAUGAUAUUAGAUUCUCGAAGCCGUUUUCGCCUUUGCCAGCAGAGCUCUACGGAAUGUAUCUCGAAACCUUCGUAGAUCAAUCUCCACUGCCAGCAAAGAAACGUGACAACGCACAUGAUGCGGAAGCCGUAGGAUCGUUGAACGCGGCGUUAGAAAUGAAGAAAGUUGGUAAGGCUGAAAAAGCGUUAAAAUUAUUUCAACAUGCAUUCGCCUUGUCUCCAAAACACGCAGAUAUACUAAACCACUACGGAGAGUUUCUUGAAGAAACAAAAAAGGAUGUAGUGAAAGCAGACCAGUUAUAUACAUUAGCACUAACAAAUUAUCCAGAACAUUCUGGCGCUUUAAUGAAUAGGCAAAGAACUGCUAGCAUCGUAGAGAAUUUGGAUAGGGAGAUGUUGAGAAAAAUUGAUGAGAAACGUGACACUUUGUUGUCUAUACCUGACAAUAACGCAGCUCUGUGCAGAGCAAAGAAAGAAGCAUACUUUCAACAUAUUUAUCACACUGUUGCAAUUGAGGGAAAUACUAUGACCCUACAAGAAACUCGCAGUAUCUUAGAAACAAGAAUUGCAGUUGCUGGGAAGAGCAUAGCUGAGCACAAUGAAAUCCUUGGCUUAGAUGCUGCCAUGAAGUAUAUAAAUACAACUUUGUUGUACCGAAUAAGAGAUAUAACUAUGGGAGAUAUAUUAGAAAUACAUAAGAGGGUUUUAGGGCAUGUUGACCCUAUGGAAGGAGGACAGUUUAGAAGGACACAGGUUUAUGUUGGAGGGCACAUACCUCCAGGGCCUAUGGAGAUUCAGAAGCUUAUGAGCCAGUUCCUGGAGUGGUUGAAUUCGGAAGAUGCUUUGGAGCUGCAUCCAGUGAGAUACGCGGCGCUCGCGCACUACAAGUUGGUUCACAUCCACCCGUUCGUGGACGGCAACGGACGCACGUCGCGCCUGCUGAUGAACCUACUGCUCAUGCAAGCGGGCUACCCGCCCGUCAUCGUGGCCAAGCAGCACCGCCACCUGUACUACCAGCACUUGCAGACCGCCAACGAAGGGGACGUCAGGCCUUUUGUGAGAUUCAUCGCCCAGUGCACGGAGCGCACGUUGAACCUGUACCUUUGGGCCACAAGCGAGUUCAGCCCCAGCGUGCCCGCCAUCGGGACGCCGCAUAUCCUCACGGGGGAGGGGUUCGAUGAAGACCUGUUUUGAUUGAGCCACUCUAUGAACUAUUUACCGCCUUUUUUCCUGCAGACAGUUAGAAAAUACCACUUUCUACCAUUUUGAUUUUAUGCGUGGACUUCAGAAUUGGGUCUAAAAAGAAGUAAAAUUCUAAGAAAAACGUACGUAGUACGAGUCACACUCGUUCAUCGAGUGUUACGCACUCCUCCAGAAGCAACUGUAUUAGUAUCACUACAAGAUUAAUUGUUAAUUUUUAAAAAGCGACGAUGGUCGGACAUACCUCCGGAUACCGCUGUAAUAUACGGUAUUCCUGCGGGAACUAUGUUUUCGGGAUAAGUGCAUAUUAUAAGCUGUAAGUGUAUAAUUGUGUAUAAUUGUUUUGGCCCUUUAGAUUAUUCUCUUAUUAUGCACGAAAUUGUGGUUUUAGGAGGUAAGGAGAAUUUUGGGACCUCUUUUAAAUAAGGAAGGAAGAAUUAAUUAUAUUCGACGAGAUUUUAUAAUCGACGGAACAAGCAUGGCCUAAAAGCAGAGCAACACUCCGCUCCUGCAACAUGCCGCCCUGUGUCAAUCCACUUGAGUCGUAGGUGUUAAGCCGCGUGUCUGUAAUUACACCGGCACCCACGCCUUUAGACCGGGACACUGCUGCUUGGAGGCGGGAAUAAAUAUGGUUGUAGUACUUCCCCGAACGAGCUCUGUCACAAAUAAAUCUACUACGUCUGCAGCCAUUUCUAUUGGUGCCAGCGUACCUUAUCGUAUACAUCACAAAGUGGGCCCUGUUUCACCCACUUCUGUCGCCUUAGUACAAAAUUAGAGUAAGAUACACUAAAAUGGAUCUUAAUUGUAUUGCAUUAAAGUUGCCUACAAUUCUUUGGAUCGGGCGUUUUACUGAAUGUUUGUAAAACAAAAAUUAAAAAUAAAGGGUUUGCGACUCUAAAACGAGUUACGUUAGGUAAAUUUUACUUUGAACGGAGUUUGAAAUACGAAAUCGACCCCCUCGAUUUUGACGCAAAACUUGCGCUAAGGCUACAUAUAAUUGUAGAAUAGCUUAUUCACAAAUGUUGUCUUUAUCACUUCGCAUAAAGUUUCUUACUUUGAGUUGUGACCAAACUUCCGUUCAGGCUACCCGACACUUCUCAUGCGAGACCGACCCGACCUAGGCAUUGCCUAAAUCGAAUGCCUAAUGAUGUGUGCGAUGUCUAUAAGAAAAGCGUUACGCCAACUCUUAGGAGAUUACUAUUAGUGAACGGUCUAUGUAUGCCUAGGAAUCUCCUUAAAUGAGGCGUAAUUUUUUAGGCAUUGUCUUCGUUAGUUAAAAUGGGCAUUAGAGUAAUAAAAUUGCUUUAAAUAGAUAUAAUAGUCCAAUAUUAUUUUUAUUUCCUAUAAUCCAUAUCUUUGCCAUAUAAAAACUUUGUGAACUUUGACAAGUAUUCGAACGUUUUAUAAAAUAAUGGGAAACCAUAAAUUAUAUAGACUUUUUUGGUGAAGCGAUAUAAGAUUAUUGUACUAUGUAUGGUCUGUCUGUUUUUUUCUCUAUCAAAAAGUGUGAAUUAAAAAGAUCAAUUAAAUGUACUUACGCCUAGCUUUACGAUUGCAUUUUAGCCAAAGAGAUUUAAAAACAAAAGGCAUCUGAAUAAUUAAACUUCCAAUGGCAUUUUUUAUUGCAUAAAAUGUACAAAAUCUGUUAUUGUGUAAAUAUGUACCUAUUUAUUUGGAAAA